AUGAGACACAUACUCACGGCAGUGCUGAGCCUGGUGCUCUCUUCGAAUGCACUGGCGUCGCAACAACAUCUCCACGCCCCCUUUGAGCCAACCGGGAGCAUCACGCCGAGCCCAUCCGACUCCUCCCCCUACCCUCUAUCGGAAACGAUCGUAUCCAUCCUCUCGGCCUCGAAGGAGCACACCAUCCUUCUGCAUCUCUUGCAGCGCUCCAAAUGCAUACCCAUGCUGGCGCAUAUCGGUAACGCCACCCUGUUCGCGCCGACGGACAAGGCAUGGAACGAUUGGGCGGAUGCGCACCGACCGUCGGACCCAGAGGGCCUUUAUCUCGACUGGCUAGGCCCUACGGGCUUACAGGAGUGGAUGGUGACAGAGGAAGAGACGGUCGUGGGGCGGAUAGCGGCGGGCCUACCAGCAGAUGUGGACAACCAGAAUUGGGCACUGCGGCAGCAUCUGCUGUACCACAUGCUUAACUAUACGCUUUCGCCCUCGGACUUUGACUCCUCGGACCAGAGCAACAUCACAACGCAUACAACACUCCUCUUUCCGCUAGCAGAAGAGCCGUCUCAUCCUCGGGUCCCGCCACCGGGAGCACCAUGGCUUCCGCGAGGCGGAGAUGGGAUGCUAGGGAAGCACGGGCAAAGAUUGCGCUUUGCCCGCGCAGGCAGCGAUGAGGGGGCCGCGCGGGGCAAAGUUGGCGGGGACUGGAAAGGACAAGGGGGAUUGGAGGUAUGGGAUGGGAGCGGAUGGGGCGAGAGAGAUGGCAAUGAGACACAUCUGGACUUUGGGGCUGGGAAGGAGGACAGGAAGGACAAGGCGAGAAUACGAGGAGCCAGGUGGGGAACCAACGGAGUCGUGGUGGGAAUCGAGGGCGUACUGAACACUCCUCCAUCUAUCGAAACUAUUAUCAGGACAGAUCCCGCUCUCUCCUACCUCAGCAGACUACUUCAUCCCGCGGAAACGCUACCUUCUCCGCUACCUGCAAAUUUAUCGACUUCUGAGCACUUGACGCUUUUCGCUCCUUCGAAUGCAGCUUUCGAUUCUGCAUUUGACGAUGUCGAGAAGCGGUAUUUGGAGGGAGAGUUUGGCGAGGAAGGAGUUGCAAGGGUGCUCGGCGGCGGUGUAGUCACGGGCCUAGGCAAGGGUGGUGUGGGCUGGAGAGACUACUGGAGCAGGGACGGAGAAACAGUCGGAGCUGUAUCAGGUGAUGAGCUCAAAAUCGAAACAGCUUCAAACGGCAACCUCGUCGUGAAUGGUACCGAGGCCGAAGUAGCCGACAUCUUCGCCUCAAACGGUGUCAUCCACAUCAUGCCCUCUCUGAUCGUUCCCGCCAACUUCACACUUCUCAACAGCGCCGAAAAGGUCCUCCUCUCCAAUAACGCCACUCGUUUCGUCUCCCUGCUCCGGACCGCCAACCUCUCAAAUACGUACGCCGGGGUGCACGGGUCGGCGGCGGAUCAGCCAUGGACGAUCCUCGCGCCUACGGAUGACGUCCUGAACAAGAUGGAGCGGUGGGGAGGCGGAGGUCCCCCUCUGCCUGGUAUAGGAGGUCUUAUCGGCGACGCUGCAGGGUCUCCACUCGCGGAGCUCCUUAAAUACCACAUCAUCCCUGGGCGGCUACUUCCUGAUGAUAUCAAGGACGGGAUGUUGAUCGGCACGGAGCUGCAGCCUGCCUCGCUCUCAGGUGGAAGGCAACGCAUGAGGGUUGAGCUGUCGGAUCGCUUUGACCGGCACAGAACCGGCUGGGAUGCGGUGGACACGGGAGGGAUCAGAUUUGACGGUGCUACAGUGCUGGGCAAGCCAGUCAAAAGCGGCAAGAGCGUUAUCUAUCUCAUAUCCUCCCUCCUUUCCCCACCCGAGGACGUGCUCCAGACCGCUGUCGCCGACCUCCAGCUCUCGACCUUCAUCGCCGCCGUCUACGCUGCGGACCUCAGCCGUACCGUCAAGAACAUCCCGGCCACCACCUUCUUCAUCCCUCGUAAUCGCGCCUUCUCCUCUUUGGGCCUCACUAUGCGGUACCUACUCUCUGCGGAAGGCAAGGACGAGCUGCGAAAGGUUGUCAAAUACCACGCUGUUGACGCAGUCGUCUAUACGGAGGAUAUUGAGGACGGGCGGGAGACCUACAAAACGCUUCAUGGCGGCGACGUCGUCCUAGAGCGGACAAAGGGGAGGAACUACACCAUCUCACUGCAGAGCCCGAGUAAGUGGGCGGGGCACGACUCGGGCGACACCCUGCCCGCCAACGGCGAGAUCAGACAUGCAACCGUCACACACGCCGACGCGCUCACAUCCUCCGGCGCCAUCCACACCAUCGAUUCGGUCGUCAUGCCCGCCGACGUGCAGAUCACAAUCGGCAAGCUCAUCAGGGGGAGCAAGCAGAGCACAAUGGUGGAUCUGAUGGGGAAGGCGGGACUGGAUUGGAUCCUGGAGGGAAGAGAGCCAAGCUCGGACGAGCUGCAUCACGCUCGGCUCACCGGAAUCGUCGAGGCGUGGAACAACGACACGGCUUCCACGCCCGAUCUCGAAACGCUCGCACUUCCGGGUUACACCGUUCUUUGCCCCACCGACAAGGCGUUCAGUCGGAUCAACAUGACGCAGUAUCUCGAGGAUCCGGAGGCUCUCGCCAAUCUGCUCAAGCUCCACAUCAUCCCCACUCAGCCAUCUACUCCCCGGACAGACUCCCGACACCUUCCUGCGUCUCCUCCGCGCGAUGGCAGCCCACUCUCGCUCGCCGACGACCUGGUCUUCCAGACCCUGUUGUCUGCCUCCAGCAAAUAUGGCGAUGUCGCAUUUCGGGCAACCGGUGACAACAGCUUUCUUGUUGGCAUUAGGAAUGCGCGAAGCGGGAAUGGGAAUGACGCCGCCAGGCUGGGUCAGGGCGGCAGGGCUAGUGUCCGGUGGCGGAAGAGUCAUCGGGAUGGGCUGGAGGCUCAACGAAAGGGCAAGACUGGCGGGGCGGUAGAUAUCGGAUCAAACGGGGACGUGCUAUCGCGAGGAGGCAUGACUGUGGGUGGAGGAGUCAUCCUUGUGGAUGCGGUGCUGGAGCCAUACGAGCCCAGUUGGCUGUCUCAGUGGGGAUGGCUCAUACUCGGUAUCAGCGGGGUCACUGUCAUCGUCCUCAUCACGGUCUUUACGUUUGGCUGGUGGUGGAUUGCUAGGAAGAAGGCGGAGCGGGAGGAGGAGGGGUAUGAGCCACUCGAGGGGGAAGAGGAGGAGUAG